UCUUUUUUGUUGAUUUAGGGGGGGGGGUGUACUCGGUGUGUGUAUUUCUUUAAGAAUAAUCUGAAAUUGGAUCCUCUCUUACCCUCACCUUCACCACCAACAACAUUCCAUACUGCCAUCAUCAACACACACCAGAUUCGCAUCACCAUCAUCAUCCGGCUCAACAUGAUCUCACCGAGGCACACGGAGAAAACGCAAAGCACGGCGUUAUUGUAAGGAGCUUCUGUCUCUGCUUUUGACAUGGAGGGAAAAACAUCGCCGUGGAGGGAGGAACAUCAUACAUGUUGCUGAGUGACGAAAAAUCACGGAUUUUGAUCAGUCGACAUGGAGAGCAUGCUCAACUGACCGACGGACGCUGCUGUUGAUGUUGAUACGAGUGGGGUCGGGUGGCCAUGGACCCCUUCAGCCAGCUGAUCCUGCUCAUCUCUGUUGUGAGUUUUUGUACCUUCCAGUGGCUCUUUCACAGCGUGAGCCCGUGGGCAUCAUUCAGAAUCAGCCCUGGCUUCCUCAAACUCACCCACAAACAGAAGAUCGAGUGGAACUCAAGGACCGUGUCCACACUCCAAGCCCUGUUGGUCGGCCUCUUUUGCCUCUAUAUCCUGUUCUUCGAUGAGGCCGUCAAUCAGGACCCCGUAUGGGGAGAUCCGACUCUGGUGAAGAUAAACGUCAGCAUUACCACAGGCUACCUCAUAUCUGAUCUGCUGCUUAUAUUUUACUAUUGGCGAGCAAUAGGAGACAAGUUUUUUGUAAUCCACCACCUGGCAGCAUUGUAUGCUUACUACUAUGUACUGGGUCAAGGGAUGUUGCCUUAUUUUGCAAACUUCCGUCUGCUGGCGGAGUUUUCCACACCGUGUGUAAACCAGCGCUGGUUCUUUGAAGUGUUAGGUUACCCCAAAGCCUCCAAGCCCAACAUGGCUAACGGGGUACUGAUGGCCAUGGUGUUUUUCCUGGUGCGGAUCGCCGUCAUGCCGGUCUACUACAGCCGGAUGUGCUCAGUGUAUGGGACGGACGCCUUCUACAAGGUCACCUUCGGCGGGCGCUGCGCUUGGAUCUUCUCCAGCAUCUGUCUGGACAUCAUGAACGUCAUGUGGAUGCAUAAAAUCGCACGCGGCUGCUACAAAGUGCUGCACUCCAGGCGGAGGUCCAAACCCGAGAGCCAGGAGAAUGGGAAAACUGACUGAUGGAUGUAAGGAAGUGCUGUUGAAGCAUAUGCCUCUUGCUCGCUCGCAGGGUUUUCGAUGACCUUCAAGGGGCCGUGGACAGGUGGGACUCUGCUUGAUCGUCAUCGAUACAAUCACAAAGACAGAAAACCACCGAAGAGCAAUAUUUUCAGUGUGGCCAACACUUUUACAGAGAUAGGACCUAAAACCAAAAUGCCCGUUUGAGAUCGCCGCCAAUCAGGACUCCGCCCAUUUUCCUGUGCUUGUUAUGAUACUGUACAACAAACGUGCAGAUGUCACCGGCUAAAGCGUCGGAACUCUUUUAGCCGUGUUUGUUUUAUGCCUGACUUUUAAUCUCCAGACUAGUUUUAAUUUCAAACUGUGGGCAGGUAAACCACAUUAUUUAUUCAUCAAAGUACAGUCAUUCUGUUUGAAUCGCUCUACUGUGCGAAGGGGCCAAGCGGUCGGCGAAUCACCUGAUGUUCUUUUUUACUCUGAAGUCGUGUACAUUAACUGAGAGAUUUAUCCGUUCAACUCCACAACACGAAAAACAGGAGACCACAGGAACAGACACUUAAUUUAUUUGCAAAUCUCUUGGAACCAUGAUGUUCACAUAUUUCAAGCAGAGGAAAUGAUGGACCUUCGAGAUCUGACUGCUCAUAAUACGAUUCUGGAAAGAAAAUGACCAAAUGCAGGUUAAACAGCCAAAAUAGAAAGAUAUUUUUCCACAGGUUUGAUUUCAAAAGUGUGGGAUGCGAGCUCCUCUUAAUUCACUUUAAGAAUGAAAUCAGUUUACAAGCAACGGAUUUCAAUCCGUUCCGGUGAAACGGACUCCAGUACGUUCGCACUGUACAGUUGCAUGCGGCAAUGUCGUUCUGGGAAUGUUUGCAUUGUACGUAAAUUUGAUCAGACACAGUGAUUAUUUUAAAUACAUUUGUGUACAGUCUAUUCAGUCGAUACUGAACUAAAACCAUGGCUCAUGAAAAUGUUUUUUAAAGAACUAAGAGAGCUUUAGUUACCGAGUCGAUGUCAGAGUUUUCCUGCACCAUACCUAAUUUAUUAACCAGUUUUUACACUAGGAGAGCAUGGCAAUGUUUGUAAUACAUAUUUAUUAUUUUUUAAUGGAAAGAUAUAAAUGUGUCAGUCAAUGUAUCAGAGUAGAUAUACAUGCGAGACUUCACAAUACAGAAAUACUUUUAUGAAUUCAUUUUCACCAUGUAUGAACAUACUUGUACACACGUGCAUUCAGUGGCAGUGCAGAUGUGAGUAAAUGUGGGGUUUUAUUGAUUGAAUAUACAUGAAAGCUUAUGGAAGACAUGAGAAUGCUUUGAAUUGCCUUUAACAUCACAGAAACGGUGUUAAAAGCAGUUUUAUUUUUAUUGAACUAGGUACUUGAAAUUUAUUUUCAGAGAUGGAUCUAAGGAAUGGUCUUGGACUAGCACAUAUUAAAGAGGGAAAAGUCUUUGUCGCGAUUUUUGCAGUCAAUUUUUUUAAACAUCUUUUAUUUUAUUUACUUGUGCGACUUUUGUACCGCAUGCUUCAUUGUAUAUUCACGUUAAAGGACGUUCAACCUCAAUUUUAAUGUUUUGUUUUAAGUUUGUGCCAAUGUUGCAACCAAAGGUUGAGGAAAGCUGUUAAUCUUAGUCUCGGUGUAGUUUUUAAAACCAAUACAGGCAGGCCUACAAACAUGCAUUAUAACUUUAGUAGUUGAAAGGGCACUCUGAAACAAGCAAUGGAAAAAGAGGGGAAGGUCAUUUAGCCAGUAAGUUUUUCAAGCUUUUUUGGAAGGUCAUUUUAAAGUCCGUACAGAUCUAUCAUUUAACAUUUGUCUUUUUCUUGCCUUUUUGCUUAACCAAUAUUAAGUUUUCCAUUUUUAAACUUUUUAAUUCUAUGUAGACCCAAACCUUCAGUGUUACAAUAGAAAUUUGAGUAUCUGGCAGGAAUACUUCUAUUGCAUUUUAUAAUUUCAAAUACAUUUGAGUUGAUAUAUGGAAAGUAUAUCACUCAUUAAAGGUUUUUUUCCUCACGUUGGUAAAUUCUUGCCAUGUAAGUUUACAGUUUUCAGGGUUGUCACAGGGAUUGUAAUUCCAUACUGAUGGAAAGUGCAUGUGUCUGAAAGAAUGACAGCACGGUUUAUUUUAAUGCGUUUGUUAAUUCUUCACAAGUCUGUCUUAAAUUUUUCACGUACAUUAUGCCGUUUGCCUCAAUAAAGCAAUAUAUUAAUUUGGA